AGGGAAAAAAACAAAAUUAUUUCUUGUUUGAACUUGGAAGGCGUAGAUAAAAGCCACAAUGGAGAGGGACAGGAAGUACGCGCCUAAAAGAAUGAGAACCGACUGCAAGGUGUAUGUGGGCAAUCUUGGCAACACUGAAGCCAAACACGAGCUUGAAUCAGCCUUUUCCAAGUAUGGGCCCCUCGUCAAUGUUUGGGUUGCAAGGAACCCUCCAGGCUUUGCUUUUGUGGAAUUUGAAGAUCCACGGGAUGCAGAAGAUGCUGUGCGCUCACUGAAUGGAACGCGUCUGUGUGGUGUCCGUGUGAAGGUGGAGAUGUCAACAGGCCGUUCACGCCGGGACAGGUUCCAUUCACCUCCACGACGUGGGGGUGGCGGUGGCGGGGGUGGUGGCGGAAGAAGAAGGUCUAG